AUGGAGGUUGAACUCUGCGGCGAUCAGCACAGUGUCACUCACCAUGUGUUUGACAGCAGACAGUAUCUGAGAGAAAACCAGUUUACUCUCCAGAUCAGACAGGCGUCCUCUGAUGGCGAUCCUGGAGAGCAGCUCUCAUCACCAGAUGAAGCCUGCGAAACGUCUGCACCACCUCAUACAGGCACACGAUGUCGGGGUGGGAGAGUCUCUCCAUGCAGAGUCGUGAAUGCCGAGUUUGACCUGAGAGAAGUUUCCUCUGCCUAUUUCCCCUCGAAGCUCAUAAAAGCUGAUCCGUUUGCCGACAUUGACAAGCCUCUCCUUGUGUCCGAGCUCAUAGACGGCUCUUUCGAAGGGUUCACAGCUGUUUUAGGUAAAAACACAGAAUCCAGAAACCUGUUCACAGAGAGAGCCUGCUGCAGACGCCAAAGUCACAUCAUCUACAUUGGCAAAGAUAUUUCUGGCAGUCCUGUGAAUGUUGAUGUGGGCGUGUGCAGAGCGCAUUGUGACCAAUCAGUGCGUUCUGCAUCACUGGAGGCGGGGCUAAGAGCCUCCAAAUAUUCUUCCAUGCUUGAAUUCCUGAGACACAAAAAGAUGAGGCGUCUGGAUCAGUCCUCAGGAGCUGCAGACUCCAUCAGCGGUUCCCCGUCCUGCGGACUGAGCUCCACCUGUGAGCCGGCUGGGAUGCGUGUGGACCGCGUGAUGCUGUAUGAAGGUCUGCGGGAGGUCGAGAUCAUCGAGGACUGUCACUGCGAAGCCAAAAUGAGCCAGUGUGUCCGAGCACCAUCACUGAAAACAUACUACUCUGAGACUCCGUACGAGACCGUCAUAGACGCGGGCAAAUGUGUCGGAUCGAAAGGGGCACCAGAGGGAUUUUCAUGCGUGCCGACUAAGUUUGAUUCCACCCUCAUUGAAACUCCAAACAAAGUGGAGUUGAUCCAAACAGUGGCCCAGUGCAAACUAAUGGAGGGAUGUUACAGAAUCCCGUAUGUAGAGUAUCACUACGAGAUCACAUACAAUGAUGACGGAGUCAAAGUAGAAAAUCUGAGGGAAAUAGAUGUUGGCAGAUGUUUGGGAAGCUGCACCUCAGGGAGCCGCUGUCUUCUCAGGAGCGCGUCAGAUCACGGUGAAUGUCUGCUGUGGGCUGAAGGACAGGGCAACGCUUGUGUUCCUCAAGACUACGAAAGCCACACUUUCCUCAGUCAACACGGCCAAAUCCGCACCGUUCUGGCCAUUACUUCCUGUCUAUGCCAGUCUUAAACACAGCGUCCUCUACUGGAUGACUUAACCA